AUGACUUGGUCGGAAACAAGUAAACCCGUUCCGAUACCGGAUAUGGGCGGCAUGUGGUCAGCAAUAGAACGAAUCGUCGAUAUGUCAAUGGGUACGACGAGAUCAUGCAAUUGGAUGAGGAUGACGAGCUAUCAUGAGCCAACAUGUGGUAUCAAGACCAGUUUAGCGGCAAAAAGCGUUGAGAUAAACUCUGGGGUAGGAGCCACCGCCUCACUCACCGCCUACUAA